UUCCUUCCCGGUGUUUGUUUUUUCUUUCCCAAGAGAGGACAGGAACGAGGCAUGGCAUGAGCUUCGGGAGACGGCGCUGGAGAGAGACCUGUGGAAGAUGUCGAACCCGAGAAACGGUGACACCAAGCCCCCAUGUUUGCCCCGCAAUGGACUGGUGAAGAUCCCCACGCAACCGAACGGCCUCGGCUCCGCCAGCAUCACCAAAGGCACCCCUGCAGUGAAAAACCGCCUGUGCCAGCCUUCCUCCGUGCCUGCCAUCCUCAGCCCGGCCCUAGCCCACCGCAGCGACCUGCCCAUCCCCAGCCUGGCCUCCCCACUCUCCUUGGCCGCUCUGGCAGGCGUCUCCUCUCCUCCUGGCACUUCCUUGGUGGGACUGAACACGAGCGAAGGCUCAGAGCAGCCCUCACCAGAGCGGCUGCCCAGCUCGCCCUCGGAAAGGCAGUUGGUGGUGGAUGAGAAGAUCCUCAACCGCUUGUUCUGGUACUUUUCAGCGUGUGAGAAGUGUGUGCUGGCGCAAGUAUGCAAGGCGUGGCGGAGGGUGCUCUACCAACCCAAGUUCUGGGUGGGCUUGACGCCCGUCCUGCACACCAAAGAGCUCUACAACAUCCUGCCUGGUGGUGAGAAGGAGUUUGUCAGCCUGCAGGGCUUCGCUGUCCGUGGCUUCGACGGCUUCUGUCUCGUGGGUGUUUCUGACCUGGACAUUUGUGAGUUCAUUGACAACUACCCCCUCUCCAAGAAGGGGGUCAAGUCCAUGAGCCUUAAGAGGUCGACCAUCACAGACGCGGGGUUGGAGGUGAUGCUGGAGCAGAUGCAGGGUGUGGUGAGGCUGGAGCUGUCAGGCUGCAAUGACUUCACAGAGGCCGGGCUAUGGUCCAGCCUCAACGCCCGCAUCACAGCACUGAGCGUCAGCGACUGCAUCAACGUGGCCGACGACGCCAUCGCCGCCAUCUCGCAGCUCCUGCCCAACCUCACUGAGCUCAACCUGCAAGCCUACCAUGUGACGGACACGGCGCUUGCCUACUUCACUGCCAAGCAAGGCUAUACCACCCACACCCUCCGCCUCAACUCCUGUUGGGAGAUCACCAACCAUGGUGUGGUCAACAUGGUCCACAGCCUGCCCAACCUGAGUGUCCUCAGCCUCUCAGGCUGCUCCAAGGUGACGGAUGAUGGCGUGGAGCUUGUGGCCGAGAACCUGCGGAAGCUGCGCAGCCUUGACCUCUCUUGGUGCCCUCGCAUCACCGACAUGGCCCUGGAGUACAUCGCCUGUGACCUGCACAAGCUAGAGGAGCUGGUGCUCGACAGGUGCGUGCGGAUCACUGACACUGGCCUCAGCUACUUGUCCACCAUGUCGUCCCUGCGGAGCCUCUACCUGCGCUGGUGCUGCCAGGUACAGGAUUUUGGCCUGAAGCAUCUCCUGAGCAUGGGCAGCCUGCGCCUCCUCUCGUUGGCCGGCUGCCCCUUGCUGACCACCACAGGGCUGUCGGGGCUGGUGCAGCUGCAGGAGCUGGAAGAGCUGGAGCUCACCAACUGCCCCGGGGCCACCCCAGAGCUCUUCAAGUACUUCUCCCAGCACCUCCCAUGUUGCAUGGUGAUCGAGUAGCACCGGAUCCGGCCAGCCUGCUCCCGCGCCCACCCCGCCGCUGCCCCGUCUGACAUUGAUCACCCCAUUUCUUUCCGUCUGCUGGGGGAUGUGAAAGAUGCCAUCAAUUCCAACUGACCCUGGACACCCCCCACAUCAACACUCCCAAAGGACAUGGGGCUCUGGGGGGAGAUAGGGGAUGGUGUCACCCCUUGCCAGAGCCCCUCCGGGUACCCUGUAAAUUCCCCCCACACCACUGCCAUUGCCUGUCCUCCUCCUGGUGUCCUGCCAAUCCCUUCCAGACAGACAAACGGACAUCAUGGAAACCCAAAGUGAGAAGGUGAUGGCAGUGUGACCUGCCUCAGCCGCCUCCUGCCCCCACCCCAGUGCCAAGCGGGCACACAGCCCUGCCGCCAAGGAUGCUCCCAGGGAUGGGCUAGAGAAGAAUGCUUAUUUUUGGCACCCAUGGGUGGUGGCAGAGGCUGGAUGGGUCCUCUCGCUCCCUUGGAACAGGUCACCAAACUGUGCCCCACCGCUGUGCACCCCCCCGAGCCCCCGGCCCUGCCCUUGGGGUACCUGGCGCUUUCUCCUGGUGACAAGGAUGUUUUUUGCUGCCUGCCCACCCACCCAUCCUCGCAUGUUCGCUUGCUUCAGUCUCGUGAUAUGGCAGGCUCCAGGGUACCUGGGGGGGUAGUGACAAGUGAUAGCCCCCACCCGAUCCCUCCAUAUGGCUUCACCCCGGCUGGAUCCUGCCCUGGGAGCUGGGCUCUCCCGGCAAGCAUCCCCCCAUAUGCCGCAGACCCUGCUGCACCCCGGUUUAUGUGGGGUCAGUGGGGCGAUGCUGCUCCCCACGGGAUGCCAAUGCUGAGGAUCAACCUGUCCGGCUGGGAUAGGACGUCCCAGGGAACUGGGGCCAGGUCCAACCCACUGUGGGGACACUGGGGGCACAGAGCAAAGGUGGGAGGUGGCACCUCAGGACACACUGCCACCGCCACCGUUCUUCCAGCUGGAAAGCCAUCGCCCCAACGCCAGCAGCAAGCAGGGGGCCAGGGGAACCCCUGGCCUUGGCUGAGCCAGGGCCAAGGCUGGCACGGUGCUGGGGUGCCCACAGGAACCUGGCACAGGAGGGGGCUCGGUGGCCGUCCCUGGGGCAUCGCCUGCUGCCACACCGGCUGCCUGUUUGGCCCUGGGAGGAGCACGGGCAUGGACAUGGGCACGGACAUGGGCACAGGCAAGGAUAUGGACACGGACAUGGACAAAGACACGGCCAUGCUUUCGGUUUGUUUUGCCUUUGUACUGGCCGGGAAGGAACUGCUGCACCACC